AUGACGGCCGACUCCCUGACGUUGUCGAGCUCCUGGACAGACGUUGAGGAGCCCACCACGGCCCCCAAGUUCGUUCUCGUCUACGGGGGUUCGACCGCCAGUGGCACUUUUGCCAUCCAGCUGCUCAAGCCGUCGGGCUACCGGGUUAUCACGACGUUCUCCCCCAACAACUUCGAGCUGGUGCAGGAGUGCGGUGCCGAAAGGGCGUUUAAUUAUUACUCGCCAACGUAUAGCGAGGAAAUCCGGGCGUACACCAAGAAUUUGCUAGAAUAUGCGCUGGACAUUAUUACGGAAGCGCGUACAAUUCGCUAG